UAUCAUAUUACAACUUUACAAAAGGGCCCAAUUUUGAAUGUCAGGUGAUAUAAUACAAUUUUGUGUAAAUAAUCAAAAACCCCUAAGGAGUCAAGUUAUCUACAUCUUUGCCAUCAACAAUGUCCACACACACAAAAUUAUCAUCUUCGAGAGUGGUGUAGCAGAAGAAACAGAGGAAACUGAAAAUGGUGGUGUUAGUCUUACAGUCUCUUAAUUGGUACGUACAUGGAGGAAUCAUGAAGACAAAGAAGAAGAGGCAUUUGAUGCGUAUUGUCCAAGCCAUUGAAAGAGACGAUUCUUCUUCUUCUUCUUCAGAGAGAUUCGAAAUUGAUAGAGAUAAAGCAAGAGAAGCUCUGAAACAGCUUGAUCAACAAAUCGAAUCUCAAGCUGAUGAAAAACCAAGAAUCAUCAUCAAGACAUCAUCAUCAGAUGUGGUCAGAACCAAUAAUGAUCCAAUCAUGUUUGAAGAACCACCUGAGAUCUCCGGAUCGUUUCUCACAAGUUCAGCUUUUGUUCUCUUAGCUCUUACCUUGUUCUACAACAUUUUGUUCAUUACAGUGAUAAAACCAUCCAUGGAUGGACCAGAAUCAGUUCCAGAAGAAAACAGUGUUGCUAUGUCUGAUUCUGACAUUGUCAAGUUUCCACUUUCAUCUUUGCCUGAAAACACUUUCAAACAGUAGAAAUCUUUACGUUAUUAUUAGUGUAUAUUCUUGUAUAUUACAUCUUCACUGUUUUCAAUGCUAAAAUGUCCAAAGAAAACACAAUGGAACUGAUCGUAUAAACAAAAUUGGAGCUU